AUGGCUCUCAUUUCUUUGGUUGCGUCGAUGCUGCCAACGCUCGCCGUUUAUGGUGCUCUUGCCAUUGGUGUCUUCUUCGCCAUUCAUAUCCUUUCACAAUUGAUCUUGCCCAAGGAUCCUCGGCAACCACCCAACGUAUUCUCAUGGAUUCCUUUCAUGGGUAACGCUGUUACCUUUGGCAUCAACCCCAUCAAGUUUUUGAGAGAUUGUCAAGCCAAGUAUGGCGAUGUCUUCACUUUUUACAUGGUCGGCAAGCGUGUUACAGUUUGCUUGGGAGCCGAUGGCAACCAAUUUGUCUUCAACGCAAAGCAAAACCUCUCCUCGGCAGCUGAAGCUUAUAAUGACAUGACCAAGUAUGUCUUUGGACGUGAAGUUGUCUAUGAUGCCCCUCACAGUGUGUUCAUGGAGCAAAAGAGGUUUAUCAAGGCUGGUCUCAGCUCGGAGCAUUUCCGCCAACAUGUGCCUUUGAUUGUGGAGGAGACAAAGAACUUUUUUGAAAAGAUGCAAAAGCCCACCGGAUCAUUCGAUGCUUAUUCGACCUUCAGCAAGCUCAUUAUCUGCACAGCUUCUCGUUGCUUGAUGGGCAAGGAAAUCCGUUCGCGUCUCGAUGAUGGUGUUGCCAAACUCUAUUAUGAUCUCGAUCAAGGUUUCCAGCCAAUCAACUUUAUGUUCCCUAAUUUGCCACUCCCCUCCUACCGUCGCCGUGAUGAAGCCUGCCAAAAGAUGGCUGAUCUCUACUCCAGCAUUAUUCAACGACGCAAGGAUGAGAAUGACAAUAGCAAUGCUGAUCUUUUGCAAGCUUUGAUGGAUGCUACUUAUAAGGAUGGUACCCAGUUGCCUGAUAAGCACAUUGCUGGUAUGAUGAUUGCUGUUCUCUUUGGUGGUCAACACACUUCGGCUACUACUUCCGCUUGGACUAUUCUCGAAUUGGCCAACCAGCCUGAGUUGAUCAAGGCAUUGCGUCAAGAAAUGGUUGAGAAGCUUGGCUCUCUCAAGGCUGAACUCACCUUUGACAACCUCAAGGAAUUGACUCUAUUGGAAAACGUUGUGCGUGAAACCCUUCGUCUUCAUCCACCAAUCUUCCAAAUGAUGCGCAAGGUGACAGCCGAGAAGAUCGUGUUUGAAAAGUAUGGUUAUGAAAUCCCCAAGGGCAACUUCCUUUGUGCUGCACCUGGUGUCACUCAAAUUGACAAGCAAUACUUUAACGAGCCCGAGUCUUACAACCCCUAUCGUUGGAUUGAAAAGUCGGAUCCUGUUCAUCAAUUGGAAGUCGGCGACGACGCUAACGCUGAUUAUGGAUUUGGUGCUGUGGGUAUUUCUUCCAAGAACCCCUUCCUUCCUUUUGGUGCUGGUCGUCAUCGUUGCAUUGGUGAACAAUUUGGUUAUCUUCAACUUAAGACUGUCAUUGCCACCUUUAUCAGCACAUUCGAUUUCGAACUCGAGGAACCCGGUGUCCCCAAGCCAGACUAUACUUCCAUGGUCGUUGUUCCCCAACAUCCUGCUAACGUCAAGUUCACUUGGAGAGAGUAG